CAGAACCGUUCUUGAGAAAGCACCCGAAAUAAUUUCAGUUUGUGGGCUGCCAAAAUUCGAGCGGGCAAGGCGGAUUGGCCCGUUAAAAAAUUGAUGACUAAGGAAUGGCCAGUGCGCCAGGUUCCUUGCUUCACUCUUGGCUCGGCGUGCCAAGCCCCCAGCUGCAAAAGGUGGGGCAGCUCGAGAGCGCAAGCAAGACAACUGCGACUUUGAAGUUCAAUCUUGCAAAGUCCAACCCCUCCAAGAUAUUGUCCAGCAAGAAUAACCACAACCAUGUCUCCCCCAAGAUACAUCAUCUCCCGCGCCGCGGACCCCAUUUUCGCCGUAUUCAUUGGUCUCUCUGCAGCUGCCACGAGGAUCAACCGUGAGGAGAAGGAGAAGGGGAGGUCUACUCAGCAGACUCUGGAGACACUCCGCAGGCGCCUUAGCUUCCCAAAGAACUCGUAA